AUGCUUUCACCCACUCUAAUAUCUAGCCACAUUCCUAUUGUGUAAUCAGACUUCCAGGGAUUAUCUUAAUACAUGGAAUACUUUACAAAGCCACAUUCUGGAGAAGUUUGGAUAAAAAGUGGAAAAUAGUAUGUGGUCUAUGGAUCAAAUACGUAAUACACUAAAUUUUCAAGGGUUGUAGCUAAAAGCUUAUUUUCACUGCAGUUAGCACUUGAUAAUGUUAAAAAAAAGUAUGUUGAUACAGCUUUGUUCUAUGCAGCAAGAGUGAUAAACAAUAACAGCAAAUUUAACACUUAAAUUCUUAGGUGA